AUGGAGGCAGACCCCCGCGCCUCCAGCAAGCAGGCAAUUUUCAACGAGUUGCUCAUCGGUCAAGGUCUCUGGUCGCUACAGAAACAAGGCGUCAAUGUCGAGCUUCCUUCUUUUGACAUUUUCGACGGUAUCCCAGUUGAUGUCCGAGAUGCUUGUCUGAAACAUGUUUUUGAGAAUGACAAGGAAAGGGUACGCCGAUAUUUUGGCAAGUUGCAUCUUGGUCUUGGGCUAGUGUCCGGACCCCCUGGGACCGGCAAGUCCCAUCUUGCUUCGAUCGUUGUGAUACUUAUGUGCCUCAACAAAUCUAUCAAGCAUGUGUACGUCGCUGCAGCCUCCAAUGGCGCCACCGACAACAUCGUCGAACGCAUCGAUGGAAUGGCUCAGACUAUAAUCGGAACGUUACUCGGAAGUGACGUCAAGCACCUCAUGUUAUUGAGGGGAUACAGUCUCGGUAUCGAGGUCGAGAAUUGCACAAUGGCUUUGCUCAACAUACCAUUCAAGGAGGAUGCUAUUUGGAACCCAUCCCCCUGGAAAUUCAGCCGUUCCUUGUGCUGGUGGACACUGCGCGUGCUAGGAUCAAAAAGAGUACCAAGGUUGUCUGCAGACGACAACAUCGAGCUCUGGAACCUUCAACAGAGGUUGAAUGCACUUAUUGAGCCAUCUUCGACACCAAACGACCCAGAACUUUUGAAAUCCCGACAGCUCUUAAAACUUGCCAAAGGUUUUGAGUCUCCUGUCGCCUACAAGUCCAUUGUCACAAAGUAG